UUUGUUCCGCUGGUGUGACGUCACAGAGCGGCGGCGCGCUUCCGCGUCUGUCUGUCGGCUGAAGGAAGGUUUGUGGUUGUGUUUUCAUCGAUACAACGCGGCGAGUCUACUUUAAAGUUCAUACAAGCGCUCGUUGAAGUGGAACGGCAUGGCCGUGUGGGACGAGGCCGCUGAAGAUGUACUGAUCAGCUUGGUUCAGGAGAGGCCAGCUCUGUACAACACCAGCAAGUAUCGCUAUGACAACCGAGUGGCGAAAGAUAAGUUUUGGCGCGAGCUCGAAGCCAGGCUUGUUGUAUCAGAGAAAGAGCUCAGGAAAAGGUGGGUUUCUCUUCGAUCCCAGUAUGUGCAUUACAGAAGAUUAGUAACUUCAGGAAGCAGAGGAACACAGAUGACCUACAGACAGCAAUGGAUCCUGGACCGCCUGCAGUUUUUGGAGCCACACAUAGUAACAAAGGAGAGCACAUCCAAUCCAAAUAUCAGUGAUAGAAUGUCCAAACAAGAGGAGAAAAAGGAGAAUGAAGACUUGAAGAUUGAAAAAACAUUCAGAGUCAAACAUGAAGAUACUGAGAAACAAACAGACAUGAUCACACUGAGAGAGGGGAGUCAAGAAAUGAAUGUAGCAGAAGAGAAAGAUCGGUGUGAGAAACUUGAUUUCAUGACUGCAGGACAAGCCACUGAAACGACUUCCUCAGGAAACAGAGCUCAACCGUGUCCUUACAUAUGUGGUCAGUGUGGAAAGAGUUUUGGAACUAAAGUGAAAAUCUAUCAGCAUUUGAGAAUUCACUCAAAAAAGAACAAAUGUCAAGAGUGCAAAGAGAGUUUCCCAGACAGGCAACAGCUUAAGGAUCAUGUCAGAAUUCACCUGGGGAAAAAGCGUUUCAUGUGCAAUCUCUGUGGAAAGAGUUGCUUAAGAAAAGAAGAGCUCAAGUUACACUUGAGAAUUCACAUCGGAAUAAAGCCUUACAGCUGUUCUCAGUGUGGAAAGAGAUAUACUCAAAAACAUCACAUUAAAAUCCACAUGAGAAUUCACACUGGAGAGAAGCCUUUCACUUGCACUCAGUGUGGAAAGAGUUUUACAUCUAAAGAACUCCUUAAAAGCCACAUGAGAGUUCACACUAGAGAAAAGCCUUUCCCCUGCCCUCUCUGUGGAAAACAUUUAUCUAAGAAAGCCAGCCUUAAAAUCCACAUGAGACUUCACACUGGAGAAAGACCUUACAAAUGUCUUUGGUGUGAGAAGAGUUUCACCUAUCCACAAGAACUGAAAGAUCAUUUGCGAACUCAUUCUCGAAAGGAAUUCCUGUGAUGCUCAGUGUUACAAGAUAAGGAGGAUUCAGAAAUAACCUGCAAGUUAUUCACUGUGGAGGAGUACGUCUAUUUAUUUUUAAAGUCAUCAAACUUCAAACAAAAAUAAAACAUUUACAACAAAGCUACAACACCAUCAACAGCAUCCCACAUCCAGUUCAGCAUAGCUGUGUUUUUGAAAGACGCACAGUUCCCCCUCGCCCAACUAUGGGGCCAUCUGUAGCAACGAGAGAUGCAUAGUCUUAUUAGACAACAACAGUCCAUGAUGACAAUACUGGUGCGCCUGUGACUUUAAGAGGGUGCUGGUACACAUCACUUAACUUCUUUAUCUGAAGGACACAUUUGCAUGCAGGCCUGGAGCGUGGCAGUAAGAUGCAGUGUCUCAUUCUCCUUCUCACGGAAACAUGGAUACACUCAGUGAGCAUUCCCAUUCAAAAGAAAACAUCUCAGGUUCUGUGUCUGCUGGACAGCACCUUUAACCCCUUAAACUCUUUAGGCUUUUUGUGGAUUUCUGCCUGGAAAAAAAACGUAUCUAAACCUGAAGGCUGCUCUUACCCACACACAUAGAUGCAACAGUAUUGGUGUCAUUUUAAAGGAGACCCUUUUAGAAAAUAAAACCAAAUGUAAAAUGUAAUAAAUGUUGUAUGUGUUCAAAAUAUCAAAAUAAACACAAAAAUAGGUGCUUUUGUUUUGAAAGUGUAUAAAUCAGGCACUGUGCUUCA